GCCGCGCGCCCCGCCCCGCCCCCCCCCCCGCCGGCCCCAUGGACAGGAACUACCCCAGCGCCGGCUUCGGGGACCCGCUGGGCGCCGGCCCGGGAUGGAGCUACGAGCGCUCGGCCAAGGCCAGCCUGGUGUAUGGUGGGUCCCGGACGUCCCAUCCCGACACAGACAUUCUGCACCGCCAGGCCUACGCCGCCCCUCACCCCCUGCAGGGCUAUGCCACGAACCACCACCCCGCAGGUCUCUCGGGGCUCUUCGAGACGGGACUCCAUCAUGCCAGCAGCGCCACCCCCGAUGCCUCCGUCAUGAACCUCAUCUCGGCGCUGGAGUCGCGGGCCCCCCAGCCCGGCCCCUCGGCCUCCUCGCUGCUCUCCCAGUUCCGCACCCCCUCCUGGCAGACAGCCAUGCACACUCCGGCCCCGGCUGAGCUCUUCAUCUCGGGCGCCAUCCCCGGCUCGGGCACCUUCCCGUCGUCCUCGGCGCUGUCGGCCUACCAGCACCCGGCCUCCUUCAGCGGGCGCAGCUUCCCGGUCACCUCCUCGCUCAGCCUGCAGGACGCGGCCUUCAGCCCCAGCUCCAACGGGCUCCUGUCCCCGCACGACCCGCUGCUGCACAUCAAGUCCUCCCAGGCCAGCGUCCCCUCCUCCCUCAGCUUCGACCGGCUGGGCAGCGCCGUGCUGGGCACCGGGCUGCCCUCCCAGAGCUCAGCCUACCGCAGCGCCCAGGAGUCGGCCUCCCGCCACCUGCCCUCCCAGUUCAACCUGCUCUCGUCCUCCCUGGGGCCCCCCUCGGACCAGUCCUCGCAGCUCUACAACACCUCGGUCUUCUCCAGCUCGCCCGCCGCCUCCAUGGAGCGGGCCAUCCCCCGGCAGGACAGCGUCAUCAAGCACUACCAGCGCCCCUCCAGCGCCCAGCCGCAGCUGCCCGCGGCCCACUCCCUGCAGCACUACCUGAGCUGCGGGGGCAGCUACCAGCAGAUGUCCCACCGCGCCGGCCUCUCCUGCAGCCCGCUGGGCGAGCCCUCGCCCGCCGGCUCCGAGGGCUCCCAGAAGCCGCCGCAGGCCCCCCGCCAGGAGCCCGGGCAGAGCUACCGGCCCAUCAUCCAGUCGCCCGGCUACUCGGGCGCGGCCGCCGGCGGCUCCUCGAAAUCCAAGAGCUACUCGGCCUCCCGCCAGACCCCCCGCUCCACCGCCACCCCCAAGUGCCAAAGCAGCUUCUCCGUCUCCGUCGCCAAGCCCAGCUCGGUCAUCGCCAGCCAGUCCCAGGCCUACUCGCCCGGCCAGCCCCAGAGCCUCCUGUCCAUGAGCCAGCCCCAGAGCUACGCCGUCAGCCAGCCCCAGAGCCUCUCCUCCGUCAGCCAGGCCUCCCAGUUCAGCGGCAGCCAGGCGCAGGACCUGACCAGCGUCAGCAAGGCCCAGAGCUACGGCCCGGGGCAGAGCCAGCCGGGCGGGCAGGGCGGGCAGGCCGGGCAGGGGCUGCAGCCCUGCGUGAGUCAGAGCCAGGCCUUCUCUCCGGAGCAGCUGCAGGGGCUGUCGACGGUGGGUUACAGCGUCCAGGCCGAGCCCCACGUCUCGGUGAGCCAGACGCCCAGCUACGGGCCGGCCCACUCCCAGGGCAUGCCCACCGCCAGCCCCUCGCUGAGCUACAGCACCGGUCACUCGCCCGCCAUGCCCAGCCACCCGCAGCCCAUCGGCUACGCCCACGGGCAGAGCCUCCCCGACUCCAGCCCCUCGCAGAUCGGCCGGCCCCUGCAGUCGCCCACGGCCGCCCGGCCCCAGAGCGUGAACUCGCCCGGGCAGUCCCAGAAAUACCUGACGUCGGUGCUGUCGCCUUCCUUCAUGCAGCCGGCGCACGGGCAGAGCUACCCAGGCGUGGAGCGGGCGGCCUCCUACGGCAAGGCCAAGGCCGAGUCGGACCUGCUGGCGGCCGAGCGGGCGGAGGACGAGGAUUUCCUCAUCCAGCACCUGCUGCAGUCCCAGACGCCGCCCCCCCGGGGGCCGGCCGAGGGGCUCGUGCAGUGCGAGGAGCGGGGGGCCAAGGGGCUGGCGUACGGGGGGCUCAGCAAGUCGGAGGAGCGCUACCACCUGCAGAGCGUCAUCCGCACCAACUCCAACCUGGACAGCCAGGGCCUGGAGCUGUCGCUGCAGGGCCUGAAGGAGAAGAAGAAAGGGGAGCGGCCCCACGCCCGCUCCACCCCAGAAGCGCUCGCCACCUCCGUGGUGCAUUACACCCACCAGGCCGGCUCCCUGGACAGCUACGCCCAGGACAUGAAGAAGUCGGUGGAGCAGCUGCAGGCCGGGCCCAAGGACCUGGCCCAGGCCCACUCCUACCUGCAGAAGACCCCCGAGCACGGCCCCCAGCCCCACCGCAUGGUGGGCGAGCCCCCGCCCAUGGAGCUGCUGCCCGGCCAGCAGGGGGCGCCGCUGCUGCUGGACUCGUCCCCCGACCUGCCCCAGCUCUCCCUGCCCCCCCAGCAGCAGCAGCAGCAGCAGUCGCAGUCCCAGCUGCUGCAGUCGGUGCUGACGCACACCCAGAGCCAGCUGCAUCCCCGGGCCAAGGUGCACCUGCUGGAGCCGCAGCGCCUGCACCCGCCCGAGCCCCCCUCGCCCCAGCUCCAGCUGCAGGCUCUGGAAGCUCACCUGCACCAAGCCCACGUCCGCUCGCAGGGCCUGGACCCCCAGCCGUCGCCCCAGCUCCAGGGCCAGCUGCAGGCCGAGAACAUGGAGGUGCUGGGCCAGUCCCAGGAGAUCCAGGACUUCCUGGAGCCCGACCUGAGCCUGGAGUCCCACCUGGGCCAGGGCGGGGCCGGCCUGGAGCCCGACUCCUCCCAGCAGGUGCCCCAGGCCCAGCUGGAGGCCAAGGACCAGUUUGAGAGCCCCAGCCCGCAGGGCUCCAAGCAGCGCUUCGUGCCCCUCACCUCCAUCUGCUUCCCCGACUCGCUGCUGCAGGACGAGGACCGCAGCUUCUUCCCCGGCAUGGAGGACAUGUUCGGGCCGGGGGCCUGCGGCCCCGACGACUUCCCCAAGCCGGGCUGCGGGGAGGACGAGCCGCCCAGCCUGGAGCGGGCCGAGGGCCUGAAGGGGGGGGCCGGCGGCUACGACAUGCUGCCGGCCGGCCAGGGCUACCAGGGCUACUGCCCCGGCGAGGGUGGGGACGGCUCCCACCUGGCCAUGGAGCCGGUCAAACACGAGCUGCCCUCCACCGUCAACGCCGAGCCGCUGGGGCUGAUCCAGGCGGGCCACGGCGGGCCGGAGGGGGCGGCCAAGCCGGGCCUGACCUCGCCCAUCUUCUGCUCGUCCAAGCCCAAGAAGCUGCUGAAGACGACCUCCUUCCACCUGCUGAAGAAGCGGGAGCCCCCGUUCCAGCCCCCCAAGAAGGCCUACGCCCAGGAGUACGAGUUCCAGGACGACGAGGACAAGGCCGACGUGCCGGCCGACAUCCGCCUCAACAGCCGGCGCCUGCCCGACCUGCUGCCCGACCUCAUCUCCAGCUGCCGGGCCCGGCCCAGCCUCAGCCCCAUGGGCGACAUCGACUUCUGCCCCCACCACAGCGCCGCCGACGGCCCCAAGAAGCGGGGCCGCAAGCCCACCAAGCCCAAGCGGGACGGGCCCCCCCGGCCCCGCGGCCGGCCCCGCAUCCGGCCCCUGGCCGAGCCCCACGGCGUCCUGCCCCCCGACGGCGCCAAGAAGCCCCGGGGCAGGGGGCGGGGGCGGGGCAAGAAGGGGGGCGAGGAGGGGGGCGAAGGAGGGGCCGGCGCCGAGCCCCUCACGCCGCUCAAGAUCAAGCUGGCGGUGCCCAAGGGCGGCGAGGGGGCCCCGGCAGAGCCGCCCCCCCCCGGGCCGGUGCCCCCCGAGCCGGGGCUGGACAGCAGCCAGACGCGGGAGAAGAUCAAGGCGAAGAUCCGGGAGGUGGAGGAGAAGCAGCCGGAGAUGAAGUCGGGUUUCAUGGCUUCCUUCCUGGACUUCCUCAAGUCGGGCAAGCGGCAGCAGCUGCCCACGGCCGCCGCCAGCCCCCCCAAGACCCCGCGGCCCCCCGCGGCCCAGCCCCCCUUCGGCCUGGCGCCCCCCCUGCUGCCGGGGGCGCUGGACGGGGCCGAGGGCGACGGGCUAGUCAUGAGCUGCACCAGCCCCUGCAAGCGGCUGGACGAGGAGCUGAAACGCAACCUGGAGACGCUGCCCUCGUUCUCCUCCGACGAGGAGGACUCGGUGGGCAAGAACCAGGACCUGCAGAAGAGCAUCUCGUCCGCCAUCUCCGCCCUGGACGACCCGGCCGAGCGCAAGGAGGGCGACGGGGCCGAUGCCCCCAUGGUGGAGGAGAAGCCGCCCAGCCCGGCCCCCUCUGAGGCCUCCCAGCUGGAGCCCCCCCCAGCCACCUCCCCGGCCUCGCCCCCCGAGCCCCCCCCGCCGCCCCCCGAGGGGCCCCCGGCCCAGGCCUCCCCCGAGCUGGAGGAGCCGGAGGACGCGCGCCCGCACCUGGCCAAGAAGCAGGAGACGGCGGCCGUGUGCGGCGAGACGGACGAGGAGGAGGCAGAGAGCGGGGGGGAGGGGAUCUUCCGGGAACGCGAUGAGUUCGUCAUCCGCGUGGAGGACAUCCAGGCCCUCAAGCUGGCGUUGCAGACGGGCCGGGAGCCGCCCCCAAUCUGGCGGGUGCAGAAAGCCCUGCUGCAGAAAUUCACCCCCGAGAUCAAGGACGGGCAGCGGCAGUUCUGUGCCACCAGCAACUACCUGGGCUAUUUCGGGGACGCCAAGAACCGCUACCAGCGUCUCUACGUGAAGUUCCUGGAGAACAUCAACAAGAAAGAUUACGUGCGCGUCUGCUCCAAGAAGCCUUGGCACCGGCCGCUGCAGGCCGUGAGGAGGCAAAACCAGCCCAAGACUUCAGGCCCCAAGGUCCCAGCCCCACCCAAGGCCGAGAAGCAGCCGGAGGCGUCGGAGCGGGCGGAGAUGCCGGAGAAGGGCCCCAAGCCGGAGAAGGGUCCCAAGCCGGAGAAGGGCCCUAAGCCGGAGAAGGUGGAGCGGGCCCCCAAGCUGGACAAGCCCCCCAAGGCGGAGCGGGCCGAGAAGCCGCCCCGGGCGGACAAGCCGGCCAAGGCUGACAAGGCCCCCAAAGCGGAGAAGACGGAGCCCCCGGCGCCCGCCCCCCCUAAGGCUGCUCCGGCCGGCGCCCCCAAGCCCAAACCCAAACCCGCCAAGGUGAAGGCGGAGCCGCCCCCGAAGAAGAGGAAAAAAUGGCUGAAGGAGGCUGCGUCCUCCUCGGACUCGGAGUCCAGCCCGGACCAGCAGAGCGAGGAGGAGCGGGUGCCGGUGGGCCGGGUGUUGUACACGCGGGCGAUGAAGGAGAUGUACCGGAGCUACGUGGAGAUGCUGGUCAGCACGGCCCUCGACCCCGACAUGAUCCAAGCCCUCGAGGACACCAACGACGAGCUGUACCUGCCCCCCAUGCGCAAAAUCGACGGGAUCCUGAACGACCACAAGAAGAAAGUCCUGAAACGGGUGUCGCUGCACCCGGCGCUGCAGGAGGCGCUGCAGACCUUCCAGCUGCAGGCGGAGCCGGGCGAGGCGCAGGUGAGGCUGCGAACCAAGGGGCCGCCCUACAACCGCAAGACCCUCAACAAGCUGAAGAAGAGCGUGUCCAAGCCCCAGGAGUUCAAGGUCGACGUGGAAAAGUCGUUUUUCUUCACCCUGUACCAUUCCCUCCAUCACUACAAAUACCACACGUUCCUGCGCUGCAAGGACGAGACGUCGGCCAUCGAGGGGCAGGACGCGGACCUGGGGCAGGAGGAGGUCGUCCAGCAGUGCAUGCGGAACCAGCCCUGGCUGGAAAAGCUCUUCGACUCCUUCAGCGACCUCCUGACACAAGCCCAGACCAAGUGCGCGUGACCCCCCCCCCCCCGCGGCACAGGCCCCGCCCCCCAGGCCGGGCUGGGGAGGGCUCUGGACCGAGGAUGGGGGGGUGUUGGGGGUCCGCUCCCCACCCGCCAUCUGCGGUGGUGAUCUCCAGCACAGACCCCCCCACACACACCGUGGCUUGGGGUGGCCCUGGCCCUGAGCGGGGGGGGGGGGGGCGGCUCUGGGGUCGGUGGACCUGCCCCCCCCGGUUCCCCCUCCCGUACAGAGAAAUUUUAUUUAUAUAUAUAUGUAUAAAUGUCUAUUUAGCAGCUUCCUUUCUCUGUAUGGGGGUGGGGGGAGCCCCCCCACGGCCGGGGAAGCCGUGAGAGAAGGGGGGGGGCUGAUGGCUUAGGUAGCCAGGACUCCUGGGUUCAAGCCCCAGCUCUGGGAGGGGAACAGAAUCGGGGGGGGAGCCCGGACUCCUGGGUUCCAUGCUCAGCACACCCACCUUGUCCCCUCGGUCCCCCGCUCCUGCCCCCCCUCCCCCCGCAGCCGGGUAACGAUGGGGGGCUAUGAAGUAUUAUUGCUCCCCCGCCCCCCCCCAUGGCAUGGCCAGGCCACCCCCCCCCCCCGUGCGGUGGUUUGGUUCCCCACUCAGAGCUAUUUAUUGCCAAGCCCAGGGGAGGGGAGCCAGCCCCCCCCCCCAGAGCAUAGCCCCCCAUCUGUGUCUGGGGGGGUCUCACGGGGGGGGCAGCCACUGACUCCGUGCGCUUCCCCCGGUCGGGUGGGGGCAGAUUCCCUGUCCCCCCCCCCAAGACUAUUUAAUCCUUCUCUUAGGCCGUGUUUGGGGGGGCCGGGGGGGCGGCGGUUGUUAUUUUUGUCGUUGUGUGUUUUUUGUUUUGUUUUUUUAUCAGCGGAUUUUCUUGUACAUAAUGUAUAGGGUCAAAGUCUAUGUAUCAUAUUGUAUUUGGCUAACGGACACCCCCGCGGAGCCCCCCCGCCCCCCCUUAGCUGUGAAAUUCUUCGGCUUGGAUCAACUUCGAAGGAGGCCGGGGGGGGGGGGUCUGAGUUUUGGGGCAUCAUUAUUAUAAUUAUAUAGACAAUUUGGGGAGGGGGUGGGCCCCAAUUUCCCCCCCCCCCCAGGCCAAUCUGAAUUUUUUAACCCUGGAUACAAAAUCCAGCCGAGAUUAGGGGGAUUUGGUCAG